AUGCAACAUCAAGAAGCUGACGGAAACCCCGUCGUGAGGUACACCCGAACCACUACCUUCUCCGACGAGACGAAAGCUCGUUGCCGGAAGCAGCUCCUUCGGUUUGCACUGGCUCUUAUCUCUACUACUCUUGCUUGCUAUCUAACCCUAUUAGCGGGUUAUGCAAUUUUCUACAAGGUUGAACUGAAAUUCCAUGCCCCAAAGUUGAGAGUUGAUGAAGUGAAAGCUGCAUAUUUCAAUGUCUCUUCUUCUUCUCAUAUAAUGGCUCAUUGGAAAGUUAAUUUCACUUUAGAAAAUCCUAAUCAUAAUCUUUUUUAUCAAAAUUUUGAAACUAGUCUUCUUUUUAAAGAUGUGCAAAUAUCUUCCGUUGUGAUUCCGGAUUUCUAUCAAGAUGAGUCGGAAGUUUCGAAAAUGCAGGCUAGUAUCGUCGCUGACUCGGUGAGUUUGAACGAAACAGGAGUCGGAAAACAACUUAUCGGUGAAACUGAGGGUGGAAUUCUGAAUUUCGUAGUCACCAUUAAUGCCAAUUUAUCCAAGUAUAACUCGAUAUAUUGGAUCGGACUACAGAAUACGCAGAGGAGGCAACUGAAUUUCCGAUGCGAAAUAAAGUGUGAGAAGUUCGUCGGCUGGUCCGUCGUUUUACAGGAAUUUCUUGUCGAAGACCUUGUUCGUGUUUUCAUGAACCCGGCCUAG